AUUAGCAGUUCAUUCAGUGCUCAAGUGGGAAGCAGUUCAAAUCCUCCGAGAGUGAGAGAAAGUUGGAAAAGUUGCAAGAAAAGUUUACCCACUCCCGGAAAAAAAGGAAGAAGGCAAAAUGACUUUAGUGGAAAUACUUCCAGAGCUUUUUGCUAGUUUGUGCUACAUGCAGUGUGGCUCGUGGCUAAUGUUCAUGCUCAGCCUCCCCACAAAGGAGUACUCCCACCUCCUUGUUGGCCCACAAAUUUGUGGUAUGGCGAGUGCAGGACUCACAGGACUCCUUCUUACUCAUCUUCGCUACAAGUAUCGCAGCGUAAAAUUCGUGCAUUUCCUCCUACUCGCAAUUGGCACAGCACUUUUCACUGUUUGCUCUCUGAUCCUCGUAAUCCGACCAUUAGAUUCACCUCCUGGAAUUUAUUUUGGAGGAUUAGGCCAUGGUAUUGUGUACAUCACAGGACUCUCGUACAUUCACUUCCGUUCAUCGGCAGAUGGAAAAAGGAUCAUCCGCAUGGGCAUGUGUCACUUUAUGAAUAUCCUUGGAAUGGCAAUAAUGGCACAUUUGGGAGCUGAUGUCUUCAAGGAAGAAGUUAAGAGAGCUGGAGGAUGGAUUAUCCUCAUAGAAGCAACCCUUGCAAUAAUUGUAUUAAUCAUCAAUGAGAUCCUGCAUUUGAAGGACUUCUACAACUACCGCGAAUGCCUCGAUGGGAGUGUGAAGGAAGCAAAUAUGCGCCGAGAUAACUUCCAGUCGGCCAUUGGAGUGGUUUCUGAGACACCGCAUGAUGCACCAAAUACCCACAAUCAGCUCAAACUUACCGUGCUGAGUGUUAGCAUGAAGAUAACAAACGCCAUGCUAACACACAUACCCUUUGUCUACUUCACAAAUAUUGCCAUAGCCAAUCUUCUCGAGCGGGAAAAGUAUCUGGAAUUUAUGAUGUUCUACUUUGCAGUCAUCGGGAUGAUUCUCUCCAUGCUAAUGUCCCUCAAGUUUAGCAUCCGUUUCAUCUAUAUGAAUCAAAAGUUCGCCAUCAUCCCUCCCAUGAUCAUCGGAUUCUCCCUCAUGACGGCUGGAAGGUUCUCCCUUGCCGCCGUGGGAUUUUGGUUCUUCUUCAUGCACCUGGGUCAGGCUGCCUUCUGCCCAGAUGUGUCUAUCCUUGAACUAUCAGACAUCAGAUACUCAGAACUCAUGUUGAGUCUCGGGUACUGCGUUGAGUCAAUAAUUACCGCAAUCACCCUCUUCCUCUUCCACCAAUAUCCCUCAGCUAUGCAAUUCGAUAAUCUCGUGGCAGCUAUGUGGACGAAUUUUGGUAUCUUUGGACCAAUCAGCCUCAUCCUCUUGCUCUCAUGUCGCUUCCUCAAAUUAUCAGCCACAACGAAAAAAUCCAUCCUGGAUAUUCAGAGGCUUGUCCUCUUUGGUCCAGAUCCACAACCCCUGCCCGUUGAUUCAAUAUCCGAAUUAUCAACUAAAUGAAUUUUAUACGCCUAAAUAUAUUUUUUUACUUGUUUAAAA